UAAAUGCUAUUGUUUACAUAUUUUUAUUGUCUUAAAACAUCCAAAUAAGCAUGUCAAAUCCAAAAGUAACAAAGACCAAUCCACUGGGCACGUCUAAAAAACCCAGAGAGAGAGUUAAACCGCUAAAGGUAAGAGAAACAACCGGAGAAAGCGAGUUAAAGUUACCGUGCAGUGUCCGUGGGAACCGCACGGCGAGCUGCUCACGGUGUCCGCCGGGAGAGAGCUCAGAGGCGGCCUCAGCGGGACCUAAAGCCGCUCCAAACUCCCAGAGGAGAACCAGAGCCGCCUCCACACCUCCUAAACCCGUCACCCAGCGCUGUGAUGCAAAAACUGGGAACAAAAAGCCGAGAAUUCCCGAUAAACAAACCGCUGAAACGAAAUGCAGCCAGCAGAGGGCGCAAGAUCAGGGUCAACUCUCAUCUACGAGGCACAGUCACGCAGCGUUCACGGUGAUAUGCCCCGACCCAAAGAAGAGGCUGGAGAUACAGAAAAAGGCAGAGGCGGAGCUUACUGCCCUGGAGGAACUGCGAGUAUCAAAACACACAGCCUACGUCUCCAUUAACCCCAGUGCUGUGGGAGGGUGUCUUAGUUUGGAGGAGGUUCGACAAAAACAACAACAGGAAAUGACACGGGCAAAGAGGAAACCCAAACAGAUAAAACAGCAUUUGAUCGUCCAGACAAGAUAACAUUUCUGCUGACAAUAACUCCUUUCACCAGACAUCACGUUCUUCCACCCAAAUAACACAGUUUCUUUAACUAGAUAAAGUUGCUUUUAUAUUCAAAACAUUUUACUGUGAGCAGGGUCGCCACUUCUCAGAUCCGACCUGUAACUUGGUCAGGAAAAUAGACAGACAGAGGUGGGACCAAGUCGUACUUUUGCGAGUCUCAAAUAAGUCUCAAGUCUUUGACCUCAAGUCCGAGUCAAGUUCCAAGUCAAAGACAGGCAAGUCCAAGUCAAGUCUAAGUCGUCUGCUUUAAGGUGCAGGUCAUUUCAAGUCUUUAAACCAAAGUACCAAAUAUAGCUUUGUUUUUUGCAAUUUAUAUGAAUUUUAAACUAAACUGUACUUAAAUAGUCAUGGUAUAUUUAGAUAUGAGGGUCAGUCCGUAUGAAAUCAGAUGCACUUCCCUAUGAGCCAUCUCAGAUUUGGCUGGAAAAAAAAAUUUAAAAUUCUAAAACCACCAAAUGAAAGAAUCUCAAAUUUUAGCUCAAUCACUUGAGUCGUUGCUGAGUUAUGGCCUGUGAUGAUGGGCCUCAAAAACUUGAAAAAGAAAAUUGAGUGGCAUCUAAAUGUGA